AUGGACUUGGAGCUAUGGCGCCGCGAUCCUGUGGAAUGCAUUCACGAACUCAUCGGGAAUCCUGCCUUCAAGGAUGGCAAGGUUCAUAUAUACAAUGAGAUGUGGACUUGUGAUUUGUGGUGGGACAUGCAGGGCAAACUACCACCAGGUGCCACGAUAGCACCUAUGAGUCUGCCUCAGUUUCAUGGAGACAAAUCAGCAUGGCCUGUCUAUCUCACCAUCGGCAACAUUGAGAACAAAGGCACUCGGUCAUGCAUGCGCUGUCUGUUGGAACCGUUGAUUGCUGCUGGACAUGUGGGAGUUGACAUGGUCUGUGCUGAUGGCAGAGUGCACCGAGUGCAUCCUAUCCUAGUGGCUUAUGUUGCAGAUCACCCUGAGCAGUGCCUUGUGGCAUGCAUGAAAAAGAGUUUUUGCCCCAAGUGCCGUGUUCAUCGUGACAAUCGAGGCGAACCUCUUGACUCCCUUCUACGUGACCCAGACUGGAUGAUGACUAUACUAGAGCACAAGCGUUCUGGCCGGAGAGUAGCAGCUUAUACUCGAGAAGGCCUGCAUCCUGUUUAUCAUCCAUUCUGGGCAGAUCUUCCUCAUGCCAACAUCUUCGCUAGUGUGAUGCUGGACAUUUUACAUCAACUCCAUAAAGGAGUCUUCCAUGACCAUCUUCUCAAGUGGUGUACUGAUAUUGCAGGGGAAGCGCAGAUUGACGAACGAUAUCGCACAAUGACCAACUACCCCGGUCUUCGCUAUUUCUCCAAAGGGAUUUCGCUCAUGUCUUAG